GAUCUAUUACUCAUCACGGCUGCCCGUAGCGUACCAGUACAAGCCUUUGGCCGAUAUUGAAUCCUCCGCUUUUACCAUGCCCCGCGCUGGAUAAGAUGCGGAAUGCUCCUGUGCGCCGCGAUAUGUAUUCCAUUCGUCUGCAAAGAAAGACAGACAAGAAGGCAUCCAAAGAAGGCAGUAGGUAAAUCAUCAACUUAUACCACAACCAUCCCAUGCGUACAGGAGAUGGUAAGGUAUAUCUCAUGACGUCAGCUUUUAUUAUUUAGAUAGCGAUAUGGAAGUGUACACUUAGCGUUAGAUAACUCGGUUCGAUCUUGGAGAGCGCUUACUUACUCCUCAUCAUCCCACUUGAUCAACAAUCCAUCUCUACGCACGAACGAAACAGACCAAUCGCCCAUCAUGUCUAUCCCGUACCCCGAAAAGAAAACUGUCCCCCAGCUCCCCAUUCCUUCACACAAAGACAAGCUAGUCACGUUGAACUCCACCUACCUAGACGACAUCCGCGCCGCCAUCGAGGAGUGGAAGUGUGAGCGCGUCGUCCUCAUCGUCAGCCGCUCUCUAGACCAAAACACCGAUAAAGUCCACAAGUUGGAAAAUGCCCUCGGGUCCAAAUUCUCCGGCAAGAAAGUAGGCGUGGGAUCUCAUUCUCCCUAUCACGAUGUCCUGGCGAUCGCCAAACUGCUCCAUGACAAAAAUGCCGAUUGCGUAAUCUGCAUCGGGAGCUCUUCGUACUCUGAUGCGACGAAGAUUGCAAGAUUAUUGCAUGCUACUUUCCCACCAGAGCAGCUGACGGAAGAAGGCAUGGAGUCUCUGAUCGAUCAGAACAAAGGAUGGACUAGACCUGGAGUGUUUAACGCUCCCCAAACGAAACUCAUCCUCGUGCCGUGCUCGCUGAGCGUUUCGGAAUAUAACCCCAUCAGCAGUGCGACUAACCGAGAUGGGAAGAAGCAGCACUUCAGCGAAUUGCAUUUCGUCCCUGCUGCGGCGGAUCUGAUUCUUCUCGAUCCAGAGGUUGCGAGCACUGCACCGCCAGAGACGCUUUGGUUGCCUUCGGGUGCAAGGGCGGUGGAUCACGCAGUUGAGGGGAUCUGUUGCAACUUGACCGUGCCAGAGGGUGUUGAGUCGUCGAUUAAUGGCCUGAGAGCCAUUAUCCGCGGAUUGAACGAUUACAAGGCCGGCCUAGAUGCAAAGACGCCCUCAACGGACGAGAGCAUGCUUAAAGCUAUAUCGGCCUGUCAGCAAGGCGCAAGAGACGCCAUCAAAGGGCUUCUGGUCUAUGAGAGCAAAGUCGGGCCAUCGCACGCGAUAGGCCACCAGCUCGGUAGUGUAGGUAAAGUGCCGCAUGGGUUGACGAGUUGUAUUUGUCUUCCCCCGACGCUGCGAUACGAGAAAGAGCAUCCGGAAAACAAGUACUUCCGUCUCGAAGGACAACAGACCGUUGUGGAUGUGUUCAAUGAGGAAUUAGGAUGGCAGGAAAAGGAAGCCGGUGAUGCCGUUGAGAGGUUUUAUAAAUCCCUUGGUCUGCCUACGAGGUUGUCAGAUGUUGGAGUCACGGAUGAUGCGGCUGUGCGGAAGAUCGCAGAGAAGACGAUGACUGAUGUCUGGGGCGGUGGUCCAAGACAGAUUGACGAUCCGAAGGAGAUCAUGAAGAUUCUUGAGACUGUGCGGUGAAAACUUUGUCGUUUCCAUGGAGUACCUACUAUAUACGUUCGUUCACAAGUGGUUUGGAGAAGAUAUACGCAGCUCAAUCGUUAUCCUAAUAGCAACACAAACGUUAUGUUUCUGUAUUCCGGCAUGACUACUCUGUAUAUCUUGAGAUCAUGUAUGUAUCCCUCCCUAGUCGGUAAUUCGGGGUAGUAACCACCAAGGACGGAGUAUUCUACCCCGGAUCGGUGCCCAAAUAGCCGAUCUUUACCCCAGACUUUCAUUCUAUCCGCAAUUAAGAAAUCCGGGGUUUGCGGGG